GGCAAGAUAGGGCUUUCUUAUCAGCAGAUAACGCAAACGCUGUACCUCUAGAGAUAAAUUCAGUCCGUGUAUUUUAAACCAUUGUAAUAACAUUUAAAGCUAAAAUGGGAGUAGCUUUACUUUCAUUUUUAUAUAUUUUAGCAGCUGCAAGUGCUGCAACAGACUACAGGAAUGAAACUGUCAAGUGUGCAUUUAGAGAGUAUUCUUCGUGCUAUAAGAACAUAGAAAUGCUUGGCGCUAGUUUAUCAGUCAUGUACGCUGAAACGGAGAAUCAGUUAAAUAUAGUAUGCAAACAUGAAGAAGAGACAAGAACGUGUAUCUCAGCAAUCCCUGAAGCAUGCAAUGCUCUUUCAUCUACGGAAGCCAGCAACAAUGUAACAUCACUGAUUCAUAAUUUGUGCCGUAAUAAAACAGUAACUCAUGGUAA